UUACAGUUCUUCUGAAAAGUGUUAUUGCUUCGUAUGCGAAUAUAUAGUAUCUACAAAUAAUAACUGAAACGAUAUGGACAUAUUCAAGAAUAUUUGAUAUUAGUGUCGUGGCUGUUUUAGGAUCUAAGUUUGGCUAUAUUUAAUGAAAGAAAUCAUACUUAGCCGUAUGAAAGAUGGUGACUAUGGAUGCAUCUAAAAUGACGAGUAAAACGAGUUCAUUGAAGGCUUUAAUAUUAAAAGCUUGGCGUGAACGUUGGACUGAUAUUCAGUGGGGUAUCAAUAUUAAAACAAUCCUACCUAGAGGCGUGAGUGGUGACCUAUACAAUCUCGCCGAUUGUAUUCUUCAACAAGCUAUGGUAGGAUGUGGUGCUAACCAGUUAGUGAUAUCUUACUUGAAACAUUCUUUAGCCUCACAUAUUGUGUCUUAUGCUGCGGUGCUUCAAAGGAUAGCAAAAUUUGACUCUUUCCACAAACCUCAUUGUAUCCUUAGCCUGCUGGAGUUUCUUGAAAAUUUCAUUGAUGGCAUAACGUGCCGGGGAAAGAUGGAGGAAGAAAUACUAGCAAAUGCUGUUUCGUCAAUUAUACUGUGGCUUUUACAAGUAUACCAUUAUUCGCUGAGUAAAUAUCCAUCAUCAAAUCCAAUUCAAAGUCAAGAGCUCUUAGAGAAGCCUACAUCUCUACUAAAUUCCAUAGUACAUUCAGAUUUUCUGCUAGCAAUGUUUUAUUUAGCUAAACAGAAUGACCCUGAUGAAUACAGUGAAGUUACUAAGAAAUGUCAGGAAAUUACUGCAUUUAUGAUGAUGAAUACACAAUUCAAAGCACCUGUGACUAUACAUGAUACUUUACAAAAGAUUUGUAAUAUGGAUGUUGAUAAAAUAGCACCUUUAAAUAGUAAACCGGAACUAGUAUCUCACUGCCUACAAGCUCUUAUUGCUAUUCAUGUGUUGGCGAAUCCAAGUGCCGAUAUGCAACAACUAUCAAACCAACUACUGAUGGUGCAGAGAAUAAAAGGAUUUUCUCUAUCAAGACUUUACUGUGAAUUAAUAAAAGCUUGUUUUGUGUCUCUCAAUGAUGCAAGUAAUGAUGCUUCAAAACAAGCUUUGUGGGCUGCAUUUACUUUCUUAAAAAUUCCACAAGUUAUUCAAUACCUUCACAACACAUGUGGUACGCCAAGUAAAGAAGGUGAUAAUUCAGUGGAAAUUAUAGAAGCAUUUGAAAAAUUAUUACAAAGUGCACCCUUGCUUGAUGUUGUUGAUGCCAAAAAUUCUUGCAAUUGUGUUAUGUCAUUGUUAGAACCUCUGUUAAAGUUAAAUGUCUUAACAGAAAAUCAUCUCUCAUAUUUUAAUCAAAAACGAGAAACUAAAGAUAUUAAAUUACAAAAGUUGGAGCCUACUGGUUUACAAGGAUCUGUACCAUCAUUCAUAACAAGGGCUGAACCUACUUUAGCUGGUAUUCUGAAGACAAUGGGAGGAGAUUUUCAUAAAACUCAAGAGUCAUUAUCUGUGAUGCUGUGUCAAAUAGUGGGUGGUACUACAUUGGACACUAUUAUUGCGGUGGCAACCGUAGAAGGUAAAUUGAAACUAUUUGUGUCCAGGCUUAUCAAGUUCAAUGAAUUUGCUCUAGUAGCAGCCAGUGAGAAGGGAGCAUCUCAAUCAAAAGUGUAUAUUUUUGAUAUAUCAUUCCUAAUCCUGUGUUCCAUUGUGCAAGAUUAUGGUGUUGACGCAGUUUUAGAAGAAAAUGGCGACUCUUUCUUUGAACAAUGGGUCAGAGAUUGCAUGCCUCACAAGGGAGCAUAUAAAUGUCCAAACCAGAUAUUACAAAAAUGUGACCAGCAGUUAGUAGAUAUUUUCAUUCAUCAUCUCAGUGCUUCUGAUUUUGAUUUUAAAAACACUAAUUUAAAACCACAUGACUUGUGCAUGAAUGUAAGUGGAGUAAUGAAAGAGAUUCUAUUUGCAUGGGAACAAGGAUCUAUUUCUGUAAGUGAUGUGAAAAGGAUGCUCGACUCUAUGAGACAGAAAAUGACCUCAUUAGCUGUAUGUGGUGCUGUGUGGCUUUGUUCUUAUCUCAAUGUUGUCCAUCAAGAUGCUUUGUUAAAACCUAUAAAUAUGGUGCAACAGUUGAUUACACCUCCAAAUGAUGUGGAAUUAGCACAGAUUGACAAUUUUAAAGAGCGUGCAAUUUUAAUGUGUCAGAUUAUAAGGAAGAUGCAGUAUGAUGUCCAUCCACCCUCUGUUCCUAAAACAAAGGCUAUCACCUCAUCACACAGCAUUAUUUCUCGCCAACCAAUAUUAGAACAAUUACAAGCUAUAUGGGAGGAUGUGAAGACAAGGGGAUAUCUGCACAUUGAUGCUACUCACAUAGUGCAAAGUCUUUUAAACACUGCUGGCCCUGUAUGGUUUGUGUCAAAUCUCAUAAAAGAAACCCUGAAGUAUAGAUAUCAAGAAGAUCUUCACCGGUCCAUAGACAUUGUCCUGGCUAUGUUUCAUUUGGAUAUUGAGCGAUGUACAGAAGCAUUGCUACAACAUGUUUUACCACAGUAUUUGUAUAAUGCGAAAUUAUGUGAAGAAUUAGUUGAGCCCCAAUCUGCAUUACUGGCCAAAUUGUGUGUCUACUGUAUCUUUGCUGCUUUAGGACAAAGUACUCAAGUAAAAAGUCAGGGUUCCAGAAAGCGGCGUCACGAAGACGUGGAUGAUUUGGAUACUAUGUCAUCAAGCAAAUUGAGAAGACUUAAUGAUAAUUCAUCAGAUGCCAUGUAUUAUUCUCAGGGUCAAAGUUCAUCCGGAAUUAUGUUAAAAGAACCACUGCAGACAUGUUUAGAAAUGCUCUUUAAAUCGUUCUCACAAUUGGCGGGUAAAAAUGGUCAAAUUACACCGCAAACUCAGUUUAUUUUCGAGUUUUUGGUUUACAUCAUUCAGUGUGGACAAGACAGAGCUCAGUUGAUUCUCCAAAAAAUGCCGAGUGAAUUGGUUCCCAUAUUGAUAAAAGCACUCCCGGAAAGUUUUAAUGUUGGAUUAAUUCUUAGAUUGUAUGAUUUAACUACUGCCUAUGGCAGGAAAGAUGCUGCUAGAGAUUUGUGUCUUUUGCGAAAUAUGCGGUUGAGGCCUGAAUGAUCGUAAUAUUUAUAUCGAUUUGUGAAAUAAAGAAAAUAAAUA